AUGGAUAACACAACAACAAAUGGAAAGGAUGGUGUCCAACCACACCCUCAGAUGCUACAGCGACAGCCUUCAAAGAAGAAGUUUGGAAACAUCUUCCACAUGCACUCGAGCAGCACACCAAAUCUAAAGUUACUGGUCAAUCAACAUCAAUUACAAUUACAUCAACAACAACAACUCCAACUCCAACAACAACAAUCACAUACUGCACCGACAUCUCCAACCAAGGACAAUGACUCGUCAUCCUCGUCCACACCUGGAAUCUCCUCGGGCUCAUCCACACCUGGCAACACUCAUCAGCAGCAACAACAUCCAAUGCUUCUCAGACGUAAUUCAACAAGAAAUGACCUUAUAUCAUCUGCUCCAUCCAUUCCAAUAAGGGUGUCUGGCGAGAACCAUGGCAACAACAACAAUCCGGCAACAGCUACAAGCACUCCACCAACCUCACCAAGGAGCGACGACGCCUCACCACCAUCUUCAUCAUCAACUCAGUCAAAUGGCAACAACAACAAAUCAAAGAAGAAGGAUACUUCUCGAUGGUCCAAUGCAAUGCGUCGUGUAAAGACCAGCAACAAACUGAAGAAGGAGAUUGAGGAGUUGAGUAUGAAGACAGGACUAUCACAGCAAUACUCCACCUUUGACAUGUACUACGAGACACAACGAGCAAGUCCUGACACAGGCUUGGUGGAUCCAAGCUCAUCACCCAACUCUCAACGCAAGUCCAGGUUUAUCGAAGCAACAGAGAAUUCCACCGAGGAAUACUCCAAUAUACCAAGGGCCAUUAAGCUCUCGAUUGAGCAUCUGUUUGAGAGAUCUCUACAAGUGCCUGGACUAUUCAGAGAGUCUGCCAAUGCGAUGGAGUUGAGCAGACUGAAGCUACUAAUGGAGUCGGAUCGCGAUGUCGACCUGACCAAUGUCGGUCACCAUAACAUUGCCGGUUUGGUCAAGCAAUACUUUAGAGAUCGACCCUCUCCCAUCUUCCCCUACGACCUCCACAAGCAGAUCUAUGACCUAUAUGAGUCUGGACAGCCUCAACAACAGAUCAGCGAGCAGUUGAAGAGCUUGUUGAAGACUGAGCUGAGCAAGGGACAGUUCUUGAUCCUUCGAUAUUUGUUUGAGUUGCUGCACGCUAUACAUCUUCAGUCAGAGGUCAACAUGAUGAAUGCUUACAACCUGGCGGUAUGCUUUGCACCCACCCUCAUUCGCUCAUUCGAUUGCUCUUGCAUUGAUGUCGUCACCAAGUUGAUCGAUGACUAUGAGCUGGUCUUUGGAGAGAAUGUCCUGGACGUCCCUACCACCACUACCCCAAUGCAAGCGCUAGAGGACUCACAGGGCACAGAGGCAUCGGCCACCGAGGACACACCCGCUGCCGCCGCUGCCACCACCACAUCAAUCGUCCAAGCACCUAAUCCUGAUGAGGAGUCAACCAAGUCAGAUGUGGCGUUGGCCGUUGUCGAGCCUGCCAGCACAUGCGACAAUCAAGAUAGUGUAUUGAGUGAUCCGGAGUAUGAAGCAGUGGACAGUAUGACGAUGGUCAAGAGGAAGCAGAGAUCAAACAACAGGAUGGCACGACUGUCGAUGUUUGAUCAAAAGAAGCAGUCCAAGGAUAGGGGCGUGGCCGCUGAUGGAAAUGUAAAGCAACGUCCGCGAAGACAGAAAGACAGGCCAGUGUCUUGGUCGCCGUCCAAGGGCAUGAAGGAGACUCCAGAGGAGCAGGACGCCACAUUACUUGAGCAACAGAGACGUUUUGCAGUAUCAGCGUCAAUGUCCUUUGAAGCCGACGAUGAGAUGAUCAGUGACCUGACGAUCAGCAAGGAGAACACCGCGUCAUUGGAGUCCUCUGAGGCAGCUGUCAGCACCAGCAUGGGCACAAGCAUUGGCAGUCCAGACCUGGAUAAUGGCGAGCAUCAUACCUCGGGUGAGGAACACGAGGUUCUUGAAACAAUGGCGCCACAACAGCAGGAGCAUCUGUCCACUAUCGCUGAGGAUCAGACAACACAACCAGAGAUGUCAACACCUGUAAUUAGCGAAGAUGUAGAGGACUCUAUCGAUUCACUGGACAUCACGGGCAUCGACAUGUCCAAGUUUGAGCAAAUGGAAGAGAGUGGCGAUGAACUAGUGCUGCGACCAGUUAGAUCUGAUCAUCGCGACGAGCAAGAGGAUGAGGAACAAGUACAACUUGUUGAACAAGUGCAGCCCGUAGAAGAGGACACACCAGUUGAUGGAUCCGAGCAGACGGUCUCGUCUGUUGAUACUCCAAUCAUACUCCAAACACCCGUUGCCCAUGAACCCGAACCCAGUGAGCCGACACUGGAACCUGUUGUCCCCAUCUCAGUCCCCAUCCCUGCCCCCAUCCAACCAAUCACACCAACAGUCAUUCCUCCAGUCAACUCUGUAGAGGUAACAAAAGAUGUGCCUGUGAGUGUAGUGCCUACUCCUGUUGCCACCGUGACCGUGGAGGCGAUAAAGGGAAAUGAUACACAGACGUCACCAACUGAGCCCAAGGUCGUGGCUUCAUCCCCACAUCGCAAUACUAUUGAUAGCAGUCGUAAUCCAAGUCCAAAGAAGAUCAUUGAGUUGAUGCAAAGCAGCAACAACAAGACAUCACCAGUUGUUGUAGAGACUCCAUCCAAACUUAACAGAAGUACCUCAUCCAGUCAAUUGAUGUAUGGCCACCAUCAAGCACCAAAGCAACAGACAAUGGUCUAUCACAAUGUCAAGAACUUCUCAGUCCCAAUCCAGACAUCCACAUCCACAUCCGAGACCAACCUCAUGUCAACAUCAUCGUCAUCACAACGACCAAAGUUGAGCCUUUCCUCGCGAUCCACCACCUCUCCAUCAUUGCCACAAUUCAAACCAUCAUCAAGCAGCAGCAGCAACAGCAACAGUGUUACCAACAUCAGUCCACACAAGCAGGGCAGCUCCUCAUCCUUCAUCUCUAAGACAUCUACGCCCCUAUCACCUCCAUCCUCAACAUCAUCGACGUCCUCAUCAUCAUCAUCAUCGUUCAAGUCAAAGAUCACAUUCUCAGGACUGCAAGCAUCGAUGAAGAAGACACGACUGUCAGCACCAGGCAGCAGUGAAAGAGUUGGCUCGAUGCCCAGCUCCACCUAUCAAUCACUUAUCAACAACAUUGUCCACAGUGAGCAACACUCCAACAUUGUCACAUCCAACCAUGAAUCUGUAAAGAACCUCAAGUCCAUCUGGGAGAACCGCAAGGAAUGA